AUGAACUUUAUAAUAGACAAUGGGUCGUAUGAUAUCAAAUUAGGACGCACCACGGACGAUUCGCCUGUUCAUGUUCCGAAUUGUCUGGUUCGAUCCAACGAUAAGGGCCUCUAUUUGGGAGACAUCCUCAACAGUGUUGGGUCCAUUGAACUGUCUGGCUUGCAAUUCAAAAGACCUAUCGAACAUGGCCAGUUAUACCAGUGGACCAUAGAGCGACAGAUCUGGGACUCUGCGUUUGUUAAACACUAUAAAGAUGAGGACCUGUUGAACGGCGCCAACGUUGUUUAUUGCGAAACCCCGGUCACAUACUCCAAGUUUCAGAAUAACACAGACCAGGUGCUGUUUGAGGAGUAUGGCGUUGGGGCGUUGUACCGCGGGUCGGUGGCCACCGUGGCCCCAUGGAUCACUAAACCAGAGGGAUACAAUGAUUUCCAGCUGGUCAUUGAUAGCGGAUACGACGCUACUUAUGUCGUGCCGAUGAUUAAUGGUCUACCUUACUGGAAGGCCGUGAAAAAAAUGUCAAUCGCCGGUCGGUUUAUCAACGGAUAUUUGCGUGAGGUGAUCUCUUUCCGCCAUUAUAACGUCACAGACGAGCCCAUUCUGGUCAACAACAUCAAGGAGUCGGCCUGCUAUGUGACCAAUGACUAUUAUGCCGCGCUGGCAAAGGUGGAGAGACUGAAAAAGCUCAAGCCAAAACAGCUCUUAAGCGACCCGGGUAAUAUCUCCACAAAUUACGUGCUUCCGGACUUUAAAACAACAAUGACGGGCUAUGCAAUUUCUGACCAGGACCUGUCGUCCAGUGUGCGCGAGAACCAGCAGGUUCUUAAGCUGUUCGACGAACGGUUUGCAGUUCCCGAGGUGCUUUUCCAGCCAGAAAUCAGCGGAGUGCACAAAGCCGGUCUUGUCAAGACGAUACAGGAGUCUCUGCAGUCCGUUCCUGAACUGUUGCGGCCAUUGCUGUGUGCCAAUGUCGUUUUGGCAGGCGGUACAUGCAAUUUGCCAGGCUUGAAGGAAAGACUGAUUAGUGAGCUCAAUAAAGAGAUUCCUGUUGACGACGAGGUGAAGGUGUUCGAAUGGGACGGGAACUACGCGGAUUUCGGCUGGCACGCAGCCAAACAGUUCUUUGCCAAAGGCGGUUUCGAAAGUGUCGCCGUGUCGAAACAAGAGUACCACGACUUUGGCCCCGAAUAUACGCAAGAGAAGUUUGGUCAUAAGCUUAUGAGAUAA